AAUGAGCCCUUCGCCAUGGGGCAGGACAGGAACACCGCCCCCCUCCCCGGGGUCUUGGCUGACCUCGGCUGCAAAGAGCAGGUGGUUGCCCAGGUCGUCAGCCAGCAGCUCCUCCGGGAACUUGGCGCGGUAGUCGCGGCUGUGCCGUGCGGUGGGGAUGCACUCGUCCAUGAUGCGCUGGAGCACGGUGAGCAGGCGCACCUGGGUGAGGGCCACCCAUGUCAGGCUGCAGCACGGCCCAGCACUGCUGCCUCCCAGCAGCCCGGGGCUGGCCCGUUCAGCCAGGACGGCCGGGCCCACGCCGCCCCGCGUACCUGGCUGAGGUGCAGCUGGCUGAGCAGCACCAGGUACCGCUGCGGGUCCAAGUCCGCGUCCAGGCAGCUCAUCUCCGUCACCGCCCGGGUCACCUGCUCGUCCGCGUGGAAGAACUGGGCCAGCAGCCGCGGGUCAGAGCGCUGGGGCACGGAGACAGGGCGCCGUCACCCCACGGGGACAGGACAGCCACCGCCCCGCAGCUGGACGGGUGCCCGCCCGCCCCGGGCUGGCUCGGGGCGGGGCGGGGCCCCGUGGUCCAGGGGCGGGGCUUCGGGCCCACGCGAAUGCCGCCGCCCGGGCCGGCAAGGGGCGCGGCCGCCCUGGGCCGGCUCCUCCCCGGGCCUCCGCUCAGGCACGCACCGACGAGCGCCGCUGCCCGGCCGCCGGGAGCGGGCGGCAGCUCCGGCUCGGGCCGCGGCACGGCCCCCGCUGGGGAAGCGCGCGGCAGCGCAGUGGCGGGGCCCUUCCCCGCCCGCCCCGGGGGCACCGCCGCGGAGGUCCCGGGGCACGGGCCGGGCCUGCGGGGGCAGCGGAGCGGGGACGAGCCGGGGCCCCACGCCCGCCGCCGCCCGCGCUCACCUUGGGCCGCUGCAGCCACCGGCGCACGGCCGCGGGCAGCAUGGCCAGUCCGCCCGCCCGGCCCGCCCGGCCCGCGCCGCGCCUGGCACGUCCCGGCGGCGCCUCCCGCCCCGCCCCGCCCCGCCCACAGCCCCGCCCCGCCCCGCCCCGCGCGUGCGGCUGCGGCGCCGCCUCCGGCCGCGGGGGGCGCUGCGCGGGACGGGAGCCGGGCGGGCGGCGGCGGCGGGGCGGGGCAGGCGGGGCGGGGCGGGGCGGGGGCGCCGCCAUGUUGCCUGUUGUCCUGGCGGCGGCGGCGGCGCGAUGACCCGCAGGCGGAACCGGGCGGCGGGCGGCGGCGGCGGCGGCCUCGGGCCGGGCCGGGAGCGAGAGCGGGGCGCCGCGCCCCCGGACCCGCCCGCGCCCCCCGAGCCCGCGCCCGCCCCCGCCGCGACAGGCGGCGCCGAGCCCGCGCGAGCCCCGCAGGUGCUGCCCACCGCCAGCCAGUCGGUGCAGACGUGCUGCCUGCUCUGCCACCGGGAGCGCAAGGACUGGAGCGGCCCGUCCCACAAUGGGCUGGUGUCCCCGGGCGAGCGGCUGCCCCCAGACUUCGUGCCAGCCCUGGUGCAGAACCUGCUGGGGGAGAUGCCGCUGUGGAUCUGCCAGAGUUGCCGCAAGAGCGUGGAGGAAGAAGAGCGGCGGGCUGUGCAGGAGCAGGCGCUGGCGGUCUCCUUGUCGCGCACGUCCUGCAAGGCACAGUCCUGCGGUGGCGGCUCCCACUCCUCGUCCUCAUCCUCGUCAUCCUCCUCCUCGUGCCACGGGAACUCGGGGGACUGGGACCCCAGCUCUUUCUUGUCCGCCCACAAGCUCUCGGGCCUCUGGAACUCCCCACACGCCAAUGGAGCUGCACAGGGCAGCCCCGCAGGGCCCCCCACCGCGCUAGGUGAGAAGCACACGGGCCUGGCCCUGUCUGCAGAGUGCGUUAGCCAGGCCCCCACAGUGGCUCCGGGGCUCAAGGCCUGUCCCUACAGCCACGCGGUCUCCCCAGCCCCCAGCGGUGCUGCCCCGAGCACGCCUCUGCCUACCUCACUCGACUUCUGCAAGGCGCUGCCCAAACAGUUCAAGAGCAUGUGCCGGAGACCCACCCCACCAGGCGAAGCCUUCCAUGCCCCGGAGCACCAUCGGCACUCGGACCUCACCGCCCCGCCCAACAGCCCCACCGGCCUCCCCACCCAGCCCCCCGCGCUGGCGCCUGCCAAGCAGCCGCCUGCCCACCCGGGCCCCUUCAGCCCCCUGCCGCACGUCCCCCUGGGUACCGCCCCACCAGCGCCGCCCUUCCCCGCGCCUGCCCCCAAGCCUGUGGCCGAGCCGGUCUCCGCAGGCCCCGUCGUGCACAGCCAGGGGACCUACAAGAGCCCACACCUGCCUCCCGCCAACGUGCCCCUUCUGAAGAUGCCACCACCGCUCUCGGGCUGUUCCCACCCCUGCAAUGGGCACUGCAGCGGCGCCCUGAUCCCUCCAGCCACCCCUCACCCACUGCCCAGCGCCAACAGGGACCCUUCGUGCAAAGGGCACAAGUUCACAAAUGGCGCCGGGUGCCACCCGCCCCAGUCGUGUGAGGCAGACGAGGGCCUGGGCGAGGACGAGGACAGCAGCUCCGAGCGCAGCUCCUGCACCUCAUCUUCCACCACCCAGAAGGACGGGAAGUUCUGCGACUGCUGCUACUGCGAGUUCUUCGGCCACAAUGCGCCCCCAGCAGCCCCAACGAGCCGGAACUACGCGGAGAUCCGGGAGAAGCUGCGCUCCCGCCUCACCAAGCGCAAGGAGGAGUUGCCACAGAAGCUGGGCCCGGGCAGUGGUACAGGGGAGCCGGCCGUGGACCACCGUGAUGUGGAUGAGCUCCUGGACUACAUCAACAGCACAGAGCCCAAGCCUCUGAACAGUGCCAAGGCCGCCAAGCGGGCACGGCACAAGCAGAAGAAGAAGGAGAAGGAGAAGGCGCAGCUGGAGGCGGAGGCACAGAAGCGGGUGGAGCGCAGGCCCCUGGCCGGGCCGGAGGACGAGCUGCUGGAGUGGCCGGAGCUGGAGCUGGAGCGGGUGAACAGCUUCCUGAGCAGCCGGCUGCAGGAGAUCAAGGACUCCAUCCGCGCCAGCUUCAGCGUCUACGACCUCAACCUGGACGUGGACGACUUCCCCAAGAAGGCGGCCGUGCUGGAGCAGAAGGGCCUGCUUGCCCACCUCAAUGGCUCUGCUGACCCACCUGACAUCGGCCUUGACCUGGCACCACUCAGCCUGGGCCCUGUGCCGGGUCACGAGCCAGGCCCCCGGUGGGGCGAGCACCCAGGCGAGGCCACUGAGAACGGUGUGGUGCGGCGCCUGAGCGCCGUGCCCAGCCUGUCCCGCAUGAUCUGGGUCCAGUCUCCCAAGGCGAUGGACUCUGGCCAGGAGAGUGGCGGGUCUGGCCCGGAGCCCAAGGGGCCAGAGCCACUGGAGCUGGCACCUGCUGGGGGCAAGCAGAGGAAAAGCAAGCGGCAGAGCGGCCCGGGGAGGAAGGGGGAUGGCCCGGCAGUACUGGGGGGCACAGCCCAGCUGGACGGCCCUGGCACGAAGGGGCAGGUGCUGGGAGCCAAGCACCCUUCGAAGCCCAGCACUGUCUGUGAGCCCCUGCGAGGCAGCAGCGUGGAACCAGGCGAGGUCGGCAAGGGGCAGGGCUGGGGCUGUGGCGGCCCCCGGCCCGAGGAGCGGACCAGCGAGCGGAAAGGCCGGAGGGGUGAGGGCAGGGCCGAGCAGCCGGAGCCCGUGCAGCUGCCCCCCGUGGCCUUCGGGGACCGGCAGACCGCCCAGCCCCCUGCCCUGGCCAGCUCCCCCCAGCCAAAGGGCAAGAGCCGGAAGAGCAGGAACAAGGCGGACAAGGCCAACCCGUCCAUCGACGAUGUGUUUCUGCCCAAGGACGUGGACGGGGUGGAGAUGGACGAGACCGACCGAGAAGUGGAGUAUUUCAAGAGGUUCUGUCUGGACUCGGCAAAGCAAACCCGGCAGAAGGUGGCUGUGAACUGGACCAACUUCACCCUGAAGAAAACCACUUCGAGUGCUGCUCAGUGAGGUGCGGGGGCCCCAGCCGCCCCCGCCGCCCACAGACACUCGCCUCACUGUGCCCCCACCUCCUCCUGGGCUUCCCGGUCACACGAAUGUGGAGCCCCCAGCCCGGGGAUGCCAGGACUGCCCCCCCAGCCUGGCACAGCCCCGGGGCCCUGUCCUCGGCCAUAGGCAGCUGCCCCCGCCCUGCCCCCACCCGCCCCGCCCCGGCCCGGCCCAUAAGGGUACUGCCUCCUCCCGGCGCUCCGCGGUGCCCUGCGGGGAGCUCGCCGGCCUGGCGCUGCCCCGCACCCCGCGGGGAAGGACCAUGCUGGAUCCAAUAAAGAACUUUUUAAUUUUUUAUUUUAUUUAAAAAAAACAAAACCAACUUUUUUGGUUGUUUGUUCCCGGCUCCCUGUGCCCCCGCCCCGCCCCGCCCCGCCCAUGGCUGCCCCGCCGCGGGGGGGCAGCCCCUUGCAGCGGAUGCCAGGGCCGCGGGGGUGCCACACCGCUGCUGGGCCCGGCUGCCCCGGGCAGCCGGGCGGGAGUGCCCCCGCUCGGUGUCGGCGGCGGCCCCGGCCGUGGUGCUUCCCCUCCCGGAGGGAGCAGGGCCCCGCGGCAGUCGGGGCGCCCCCGGUGCUCCCCGCCUGCCGCGGCACGGCCCCUCCCCCGGCUCCGGGAGGCCGUGCCCCUGCGGAGGGGCCGGGGCAGCGCUCCCGCCCGGCUCCCGGGGCCCCCGCGGGCAGGGCCCUGGGCUGGGGCGCGCCAGGCGGCCCCGGGGCUGGCGCGGGGCCCUGGCCGAGCCGCGGCGGGCGGGGCGGGGCGGGGCGGCCCGGCUUGGGGGCGAGGGGCGCCCGGCUGCUUUGUGUUUUUUUUAAACCGUCCGUGACUUUUGAUACUGUGAAUCUUUCUGCUGAAAGAUAAAGAGCCUUUGACACCGAG